GAUCCCCUGUCACACCGGAUCAUCGAGAAACGGCGGCGGGACCGGAUGAACUCCUGCCUGGCCGACCUGUCCCGGCUGAUUCCGCAGCAGUACAUGCGCAAGGGACGUGGCCGGGUCGAGAAAACCGAAAUCAUCGAGAUGGCUAUCCGACACCUGAAGAACCUCCAGAACCAGGAAUGCAUUCGAGAGUCCUCUUGUACGGAACAGUACCGGCUCGGGUACAACGAUUGUCUCACGGAGGCCGCCAAAUUUAUGUUACGGGAGCGGGGCGAGGAAAUGUGCUACCGCAUGGCCGCACAUCUGAAGGAUCACUGCAACGAACUUAUGAAGGGUGAAAUUAUGAAGAGUCGCUGUGCUUCAGAGGUGCCAAACGGUGGAAGUCCAGCAUACUUGCAUCACGGUCCACUAUCCCAGCUCAGGGAUAUGCUGUCCUGCCCGUCAGAUAUCGAGCAAAGUAGUAAUGACCAUCACGACAUUAAGGACUUGAGCUGCCGAAGUUCUGGCAACAGUAGCAACCCACCGCAAGCCGCAGUGAUUACUUCGACAGCACCCAUCAGUGUACAACAUCUGGACACGUCCAGCAAUCACUCGACGAUGGACUAUGAAGGAUCGUCACCCUCUCGCAUUUCCAAUGGUUCAACUAACGGUCAAUUGCAUCACAUCCCCCAGGACACCAACAACAACAUCAAUGCCCAGCACGAGAGCGUACUGCGAACGAUUCGGAUGAGGAAGUUCUCCGAAAAUUCCCCUGAACACGAUCACAGCCACAACAGUUACAAAUUCAAGAACUACAUUCAGCAACGUUUCUCGCACGAGAAUGGUAACGAAAAUGGUCAUAUUUCGGAAGUGGCACACAGUCCCUCGUCGCUGCAUGAAGAUCACUCAUUGGCCGAUCUUCCGCAACCUUCGGGAGUUCUGGUCAAACCACUUACCAAUGGUUUGAGCAGCAAGGGUUCUCUCAUGAACGGCACUGAUGAACCACUUUCGCUGAAACGGAAAGUCGCCUGUAUAGAUCAGCAACAGAAUUCCCCUCCUCAUCAUCGGGGGGAUCCGGAUCUCAGCGAUCUGGACCCGAAGCAGCACACGAAGAACGCUCUCACGGAAAUCAAAACCGAGCACGGCGCUCCCCUGAAGUCGGCCUUCGCGUCCUACAUGGUUCCGAUUUUUGCCUGUCACACACAGGGUUUCUAUAUUCCGCUGAACGUCAGCUACGAAAUGUUACUGCCAUACUUGAACGGGAUCGAUCUGUUCUGCAAAGCGGCCUACCGCCAGAUGCCCCCACUGCACCCGAUCAGUAUCAGCGUCAACUACGCCCCGAUCGGAUUGGUGAAGGCGGCGGUCAACGGAAUGAACACCGUUCCCGGCAAGGUCAAUCUAGUCGAUACGAUGGUAGGCGGUUGCUAAUCAUCCUCGGGUAAGGGUUCAAGUUGAAAAUUUGAAAAAAAAAAAACGGCAUUAGCUGGAAGGGGGGUUUGAAGACAUUUGAAGCUGGUUGACAAGGUUUGCUUUGAAGGUUGGAAGAUUCUGAUGAUAACGAGAUUAAUUUUCUUUUCCGCAUUUCUGAGUCUAAAGGGUUAUUAUUAUUAUUAUAAUUUAUUUGAGACCUUUUAACCACCCGGGUCAUUCGGGUCUAAAUGAGUCUAAAGGGUGAAACGGUCAAAAUUUGAUCAAGGGAAAACGCGUGUAAAUCGGUGAAAUCGUUUAUUUAAAAAAAUCAAAUUAAAUUUCUUUUUCAAGUUUAAUUAGUAUAAAAUUCAGGAAAAAUAUUCAGUUAGGCUUCCGCUUUUCCAAAUCCGAAUUGCCGGGCCUUACGCUUAACCCCUGCCAUCAGAUUUUGUACAGCCACCUUGUCCACCUUCUUCGCCGCAGAAAGCCAGUUUGUCUUGAACUGCUGCUCGUUCUUAGCAGUUUUUUGGGUCUUCUUUAGGUUCCGCUUGACAACAGCUCAGUAUUGAUCAAUUGGGCGGAGCUCUGGCGUGUUGGGAGGGUUCUUGUCCUUGGGAACCACCUGCACGUUGUUGGCGGCGUACCACUCCAUGGCCUUUUUACCGCAAUGGCAAGAUGCCAAAUCCGGCCAAAACAGUACGGAACAACCGUGUUUCUUCAGGAAAGGCAGCAGACGUUUAUUCAAACACUCUUUCACGUAAAUUUCUUGGUUGACAGUCCCGGAAGCUAUGAAAAUGCGGCUUUUCAAGCCACAGGUACAGAUGGCUUGCCAAACCAGAUAUUUCUUCGCGAACUUUGACAGUUUCAUGUGCUUGAAAAUAUCUGCUACCUUUUGCCGUAUAAAACUCCUGUCCCGGAAGCUGCUUGUAGUCGGCUUUGACGUAGGUUUCGUCGUCCAUUACCACGCAGUCAAACUUCGUCAGUAUCGUCGUGUACAGCCUCCGGGAUCGCGCUUUGGCCGUCGUAUUUUGUUUAUCGUCGCGAUUUAGAGUCACUACCUUCUUGUAAGUCGAUAGUCCGGCUCGUUUUUUGGCUCGAUGCAUGGUUGUAACCGAUACACCCAGUUUAUUUGCGGCAACUACCGGCUACCGGCAACUCUCUUUGUCGUCUCAGCGGCUUCCGGUUUUCGAUUUUCCCCCGAUCCAGACUUCCUGUCUGUCGACAAACGUUUCCCAAACACUUUAAUUACAUUUGUAACGGUUGAUUUGGCAACUUUUAGCGAUUUUGCCAGCUUUGCGUGCGAGUACCUCGGAUUUUCGCGAUGCGCGAGCAAAAUUUUGAUACGCUGUUCUUCUUCCUUGGACGACAUUUUGACCACUGAAGUGUGGAUUCCAAAAUCAAAAUAGGAGCAACAUUCUACACACACACCUUCAAAAUGAGGGGUGUUCAGGUUUUUUAAAUGCAAAAUUGAAAGAAAUACGUCAAGUUGAUAUUGACCAAAUUUUGACCGUAUCACUUUUUAAAUGCUGAAUCUGUUGUAUUCAUAAUUUAGAUUCAUUUAGUAUUUUCUUUUCAACCUUAUCUCUAUUACAUUUAAUUAUUCAUUGCAGUCAUGUCGUAGUAAUCUACCUCCAGGCCACCCAUGUGGUAAUGAUCGCAAAAGAUAUUUGAACAAGGGGAGGAAUAAAGCGUGGAGUUCCUACCAAACGCUUCAAAAAGGUUGGAUCUCACCAAAUAGGUUUUCGUCGACAGGACACAUUAAUGUCAAUCGCUAAUUUGGAACCGUACAUCUUAAGUUGGCAGGAGCCAGUCUGAUGCUGUUUUGAAGUCGGAAUCCACUGCAGUCUAAGUUUCUGAAGAUGUUUUUUUUCUCCCCACUUCCUGUUUUUUUUUUGCAACAGGACACUUCACAAUUUUGUACACCUUAGCGGUUAUUUUAAACUGGGUACGAUACUGGUUAUUCCUUAUUUUAUCUUCCUCAGUUAGAACUACUUUUUUAAAGAGCUAAAAUUGGUGACGUCCGUGCGAGUCAACGCCUACUCGAACUCCUCGAGCCCGGUCUUGCCUGACGAUAAACUCGAUUAUUAAAUGUUUUAUAGUAUUUUCAUAUUCAGAUUUAGAUUUCGAGUACCGUUACUAUUUAAAAAUUUGAACAGUUUUUCUUCAAAGAUUUGUGAUGUUUCUUUACAUCAACCGAACAACGACUUAAAACUAUUGUUACAAUCCGAUUCUUCGUCAACCAACUUCAUCAUUCAACCCCUUACUUUCUAGUAGCAGACAUUUCGGGAACCUCCCCAAGCCACCACCGGUCAUGAUUGAGUCACUAUCGUGCCAUUCCCAACUACCAGCCCGUAUCACUAGAACUAUGAAAGAUCGGCAACCACGCAAUGAAGUGCAUUUCAGUCAUUUUAGGAUGCAUUUUUAGUCCCACACAAAAGAUAACCAAUAAUACCCCAGAAAAGAAAACAAAACCAUAAUUAACUCCUUCGGAGUGAGCAUCAAAUGUACAUUUUACUUAACCCCGAAAACAUUGAGAAUGAAAAAAAAAUUAAGAGUAAAAUCCUAAGAUGAAACAAAAAAAAACAAUUUCGGCGAAACGCUUCAAAUUUGUUGUAAUGAUAUGUAAAGCUUAGUUCUUUUAGAAAUGGGACACUUUCAUUUGCUAAUAGCUCGUUAACUAGUUAUUGGAUAUUGAAAAUUUUGACAGCAUUUUGUUGGCUGUAAAAAGUACUAUUCGACCUAUUUUUUUCAAAAUUUAAAAUUUACGCGUUUUUGAGAUAUGUACGAUGCGAGAGAAAAAGAAAAAAAUAAUUUUGCACAGUUUCCUUGAAAAUAUGUCAUUAUCAAAUUGAUAGCUGACAAAACCGUUGAUUAUUCAAAGAAUUACUGAGUUUUUGUGGUGGAUAAGUAUGCAAACACUGUCAAUAAUGUCCACAAAGCUCAAAUCAAGCAUUGGAGAGAAGCACAUGAUCGGCAACAACGGAUAAGUAUCAUCAAGGAAGUCAAGUCUCAUACCAGCACUUUUAAUUUUCAAUAAACGAAAAACUAAGGGUAGAUCGCUGAAAUGUCCAAAACAAUUUUCUCCGAUAAGCUGAAAGUGUCGCCUAGUGAUGACUCAUUGAAAUCCAACCUCAAACAACCAUUUUUUGAUAGUUCCAAAGCUCAUAAGCUGUAAAACCGGUACCGAAAAAAAAACGUUCAAAAAUGUGGUCAAAAAUAAUCAAAUUUUUUCAUUUCGAAACAACUGUAUCCACUUAAAUGCUUCCAGUUUCCAGUUUCCAGAGAAGUAUUGGACCAAAAAGUAUCAGAAAUUGAAGAAGGAGGGUGAAGCCACCUAAAAUAUAGAUUUUACGAAGCAUAAGUUGGAGAAACUGAUCAAUACCUUGACUGAAAAAAGUGUGCGCCGGCCAAUGGGAGAUACCAAGAAUAAAGUAGAAAUUUCUUUAAUAAAAAACGGUAAAUAUUUUUUUUCAAAUUUUUUCAUGAAAGAUCAUAACAUUACCUUCUUUUUCUUCAUAGAAAGUAUUUCGUUCAAACGAAUGGUUUUUUAGAUACAGGCAUUCGUAACUGUCCCAUUUCUAAAAGAACUAAGCUUUAUUCCAAGGCUUUCGCUGAAAUGCAAACAGCCGGUAGAUCCGUAACGUUGAGUCGGAACAAAUCCACACGAACGACACAACGUAGACUAACAAAGUAUGUGUAAAUGUAUAUUUAAACUCAGGUAAACAAUAUUUGUAACUGAAAGAUAAAGAUAAAACAGAAAAACAGUCAACCCGAUACAAACUCUAACAAUGCAGGACGAUAGUUAGCGAAUCAAACCAAUUCACGCAAGGUUAGAACACAUGGAAACCGACAAUCGGUUAACAUUUAGAGUGAAAUUGGACAGAAAUUCAUGCAACAGUUCAAAAAGUUCAAGUUCAAAACAAAACUUUUCAAUCACUGGAGGCCAGCAGAGCAAAUAGUCAAACGAAGGAUCAGAAAAGGAGCAACAUGAGCGUUUGAGAUGCCCUUUUUUGUUUCACUUUCUAGCCAUGCCAUAUUUUGUCAAAGCAACUUUUUCUUACAAAGAAUUGUGAAAACGAAACACACAGUCAGUCAAACAAAUAAGUAGACACGCAGUGGUUGUAUUUUUUUAGAGAACACUUUUUUUUUAUUAACAAUUACAAUUAUGUAAAAUAAAUCCUUUAAUCUGUGAUACUGAUUAACAAACGGAAACGAAAGAUGUUGAAAACCGAUGCAUCAAAAUGCGGAAAACUGACAGCAACGAAGGGCCGGAAAUGCAAUCGUGUUGCAAAAAAAAACUAUGCGAGGCAGUAGGAAUCCGAUGGCUCAAGAGAGUCAUCAGCACCAGAAACGAUGUUCUAGAAAACAGGCAAAGCUAAACCAUUUGCAGUGUCGUUGUUUCGUGUAGCAUAAUUUGUUUAGCAACAAAAAAAAAGCUGAAUAACGACGCGAAGGAAGAACAGAAGAACGUUUUCUUUCAUUAAAAUAACACAUGAAGACAACAAAUUCUUGUACAUAGAUAUGAAUAAUAAACCAAAUAAAUUGUCAUA